UAAAAUUCGAACCGAUUUUUCUAAAUAAAAUUUAAUUUUCAAGGGACAAACUGGAAAUAGCUAUUUUGUUUUUUUUUGUGUUAGUAAUUUGUUAUUAGCUUUAUUGUAAAGAUAAUGAGUUUAUUAAGUGCUGUUCUAUUGGAAGCUGACAAAGCUACUUCGAAAGAUAUAAAAAAAUAUCUCGAUGAGUUAAUACCGAAAUUAAAAGAUCUCACUGAAAGAGUGCAAAUGUUAUCCUGGUCGUUACAACAAAAUUUUAUCGACACAUACUUACAUUUUACACCCACAAAAAGUUUGGAACAAUUAAAUUACAAAAACCGGAAAGCGAACAUACUCUCCGACUAUUUGAAAUUCAUACAAGAAGUUACAUUAUUUGAUAAUAAAUUUGACAACAAAGACGCAAUAAUUGAAGAUUUUAAUAAUAACCGUAAAAAGUUAGAAAAAUCUAUUAGUAAUUUUCACGAUCUUUGUAUUGUUGCUGAAGGAAAAUGGAUAUUAGAUACAGCAAAUCAUGAAUUUGGUAGAUUUAAUUACACUGAAGCUAUACUAAGUAUUAAGGAGUUGCAAAGCAAAUUGCGUGAACUAAAAUUUGAAGGGAAUGGAAACAAGGCACUUACUAAUGUAACUGCUCAAGCAGACACCCAGUUAGCAAUAUACACAGCCCAGUUGAGCAUUGAAUGGGAAGAUAUAUUUACUUGGUCAGAAAAAAAGGGAAUAAAUUGUGUUAUAUAUUCACUGUCAGUACUACAGUGUGACCCAAACCUUAUACAGAAAAUUUUAAAAUCUUUAUAUGUUACCGAGAGAAUGAAUGCAGAGCUAGGUAAAUUUUCACAUUUCUUUAUAGAUAAAUUACUACACAACGUCAUCAAGUACAACUGCGAAAUAUUCACAGAAGACCCGAUCGGAGCAUUGGUGUUCAACAUUAAGAUAGAUCUGAACGAAAGAAAUAAACCGAAUUUCCAAACAAUAUUUAACAAUUUAACGGCAAUAUUUGAGUUCCUCCAAUCAACAUUAGGUACUCAGAUGGAAGCUGAUAAGACUUUCAUUGAAGUAUUUUCUGAUUGUAUCCAAGAUCAAUUUUUCAAUAAAAUAAUUGACAACUGUAUUAGAAAUAAUUUGCCAUCAUGUGACAGCAGUUACGAGAAUUACAAGAAUAUCGUUGUAGAAUUGGAUUCAUUCAAUAAAUUCUUAAUUGAACUAAAAUUUGUUGAAGCAAGUGAAUCGCCACUUAACAAAUUCAUAAAUGAUACUGAAUGUGUCUUAUAUAAUAAAAAAUGUGAUAAAUUAUUGUCUGAUGUACGUAUAAUGUUAAACAAUAGCCUCUCACAUGGUAGUAUAACAGUAGGUAGUAGUAAUGAAAUAGAAAAUGACUCAAUAUUAGACGUUACGCAAAAAGAGUUUGUAUAUGAUUUGAACAACCCUCUCUUUUUGCCAAAAUGUGUAGUAUCACAGAAUGUUAAACAGAUCAUGUCUUUGAUUGUGGAACAUUUAGAGGAGAGUGUGAAACUCCCAGACAAGUAUAGCAAUCAGUUGGUUAUGUACAUAAAAGACAUUGCAGUCAUGUAUCAAUGUAUAGUACCCAAGAAAUUUAAAGUUAAUUUAGAAUGCUGUCCUCUAGAUAUAGCUCUAUUUUUCAAUAAUUGCUUUUACCUGGCACAUAGUCUGGUUGGUCCACCCUGGAAGAUUACCAUGCCAGCCCCAUUAGCUGAUCUCUUGAACACAACUCUUCUAGAAUGUAUACAAGACCUAAGAGUGCUGGGCUUGGAGAAAAUGUCUCUCUUCUUGCAGUUUCAGAAAAAUGUUAUAAUAAAGAAAAUAGAAGCAAAUGAACUGCCCUGGACGUAUGAAUCAUAUGAAACCUUUGACUGUGCUGUUAACUAUGCACUCACAUUAAUGCAGGAAUUGAAAGAUAUGUGGUACAAUGUUUUACCCAGCCGCAUGUAUGAGCUGUCCAUAUGCACACUUAUAUUAGCUCUAUGUCAAUCUAUGCUCGAUAGAAUAUUUGCAGACUGUAAGCCCAUUUGUGAGGAUUUGGUUUAUAUGCUGGCGGUGAGAUUUGAAGACACAAUUGCAGAAAUUACAACAUUAUUUGAGGGUCCUAUCAAGUUCGAAAACAAGAUCAAUGUCUGGAGCAAGUUCUUAAAGAUGCCGCAGUUGUUAAAGGCGCAGAUGCUAGAAAUUGCUGAUCUUUGGCAUAAAGACAAGGAAUUGUCUCAGAGUUAUGCUUGCGAAGAUAUAAGACUUGUCAUCAAAAUGAGGUUCCCUGAUGAUAAAUAUAGACUAAAAAUAUUAAAAGAGAUACAAUAAAUUAUUUAUUAUUA